CGAAAUCUGUAAAUUGGAUUCGAACAGAUACAAGACAAGAUCGAAACUAGAGAGAGAAACUUGUAGAGCGAGAGACUCGCGGCGAAAGCGUGAAAGCUGAUGACAAAAAUGGCGAGAUCUCGACCUCUGAUAAUGGCGGAUGAUUUUUCUGGUCCUUUCUAAGCCCUAACACUUUUCUCAUUAUACGUACUAUUCACGCUGUUCUUUCAUCCACCUCGAUCCGUUGCCCGUAGCCUUAGAUAGAAAUGGCAGAGGUGACCAAGGUUCUUUAUAUAAUCGUCGUUGAUGAAGAGAAUAAAGAGAAAGGAGGGAAAGUGUCAUUCCGUUAUACCCGACCUGUAUUGCAGAGCACCCUUCAGCUUAUGGGAUGCAAAGCUCGGCAUGCAUUUAAGAUUAGUCAGAGCGUUUUCGAAACCCUAAAGAAUGAGCGUAGUAUAGAUCCAUGGGUUUCAUCAGGAACCGAAAAACUCGACCAAUCGAAUCGUAUUGUUUCAGAGCAAGUUGGUAAGAGCAACAACGAUAAAGGGAAACCAUUUGAGCUAUACAAAAGGCGGACAACUGUAGUUGUGAGAAGGGAAACUUUCUUAGAUGUUGUUUGUGAUGCUCUAGCUGAAUAUAAGUAUGUAGGUCCUAAUCAUAGGGCAGAUUUAAUCUUGGCUUGCAGGAUACGAGAACGUAAGGAAUCAGUGACUGUACUGUUGUGUGGGACUAGUGGAUGUGGAAAAUCUACUCUUUCUGCAUUACUUGGUAGUAGAUUGGGUGUGACGACAGUGGUUUCUACCGACUCUAUUCGUCAUAUGAUGAGAAGCUUUGCCGAUGAAAAGCAGAACCCGCUUCUCUGGGCUUCAACCUAUCAUGCUGGAGAGUGUUUGGACCCAAUAGCCAUAGCAGAAGCAAAAUCCAGAAAGAAGGCAAAAAAGUUAGCUGAGAACCGACCACUAGAUAAUGGUCCCAUUUCGUCAUCUGAAUUGAUCAGUCCGAAACAAAUGGCUAUUGAAGGAUAUAAAGCACAGAGUGAAAUGGUGAUUGACAGUCUGGACAGGCUAAUAACUAGGUGGGAGGAAAGAAAAGAGUCUGUUAUUGUUGAAGGUGUUCAUUUAAGUCUUAAUUUCGUAAUGGGGCUCAUGAAGAAACAUCCUUCCAUUGUCCCAUUCAUGAUUUACAUAACAAACGAGGAUAAACAUAUGGAACGGUUUGCUGUUCGUGCAAAGUACAUGACUUUGGAUCCAGCGAAGAACAAGUAUGUGAAAUACAUAAGGAAUAUAAGGUCUAUUCAGGAAUACCUUUGCAAGAGGGCUGACAAACAUUUAGUACCUAAGAUAAACAAUACUAAUGUUGACAAAAGCAUGGCAGCUAUUCAUGCUACUGUCUUCAGUUGUCUUAGAAGGCGUGCCCUAGGCGAGCAACUUUACGAUCCUGUAACCAAUAUUGUAUCUGUUGUUGAUGAGGAAUACAGGAACCAAUGCUGUGCGAAUUCAUUGAGUUCGAAGUGUAUGUUUCAGCUUAUUCAAAGACAAGGUUCGUCAAGGCAUUUGAUGGCUCUUCUUAAUGUUGACGGUUCUGUGGCUAAGGCUUGGCCUGUUCAUUCAUUGGAUAUUAAUGGGAAGCCAAUUUUGGGUGGUGGUGUGCAUCAGAAUGGGAUUGGUAGUCCUAUGUAUGGACCGCUGCUAAUUGGUAAGGCUGAACCUUGUAAUCUUCAGUUUGGUCAUUAUGGGAUUAGUGCUUGGCCUAGCGAUACUGGCUGUACCAGUCAUGCCAGUAGUGUUGACGAGUCUAGGGGCGAUGGAACUGAUAAUGGUAGCAGCAGCAGAUAUUACUCGUCCUGUUGCAGCUCACCGAGGAUUAUGUCUGAUGGAGCUUCCAAAGAGCUGAAGGAAGAGAGUUCCGUCCAUGGCAGCGAUGAUGAAGAGGAGAUUCUUGAUCUUCCUGAUGUAGGCACAGAUGAAGAUCUUUCAGACGACGACAAUAAAGAAAUCCAUGAUGAUGAGAUGGGAGGGUCUGUGGACGAGGGAUCAACUAAAUCAGAUGAGGAAUACGAUGAUCUAGCAAUGCAAGAUAUAGAAGAUAGAGGGUAUUGGUCAGAUGAUGAGGAGAAGGAGUUGAAAGAUACGGUAGAGGAUAUUGUUAGUGAGGAACUAAGUACCAUUGGAGAGAAAACGAAACAAAAUAGUGACCGGUUUUCGAGGACUAAAAGCGAUGCAAUGUCGUUGGAGUUGCCUUGUGUGAAAGAGGGCAGUGGUAGGAUGAGACGACGCUCAAACAGUCUUCCAUCUUCGAAAAAGCAUGGAGUGGGGAGUAAAAAGUACCAUUCUGGCCAAUCUUCACCAUCUGGUAAUGUGAUUCCAGAAAUUUUGUAUUCAUGAACCUUGCAGGUGAAAGGAACAAAAUAUUGAUAUAAUAAACCUAACCUUCUCUUCCUCUUCUAGUAAUCAUUUUUUUUUUGUAUAGAGUGGCUAGCCAUGUUGUUUUCUUUACUUUGUUAGUAAUGUAAUUUCAAAGUCCAUUGAAUUUUCUUUUACUUUCUGUAUCUGAGUAAUGUUUUGAACAAGUCUUCUAAAGAUACAAUAUUCAUUUUACUCUUA